AAAGAUUUGUCAUGACGUCAUGUCCAAACGACACUAACAUGUCAGUGUCGAGUGAGGCAGGAUAGGUUGAAAACUAUUUUGAUGUUACUCGUGGCGGAUUGAACACCAAAAUGUCGCCACUGUCGGAGCCCGAGACGGUUUAGUUAAACUGUCGGCGCCGCUUCCGUUGUGGUUAUUUUUUUUGCAACAUCCUGUUGGAGCGAGAAAAUGAGCGGCGCCGAUCGAGGAAGUGGCCCAGUUGGUGGACAAAGCUAGCUGGCUAACCGUUAGCAGGAGUGCUUUGUUUUGGGUUUCAACGCGGAGUAAAUAAACAUGAGCUAAAACUGUGGCGGCUUCACUCUAAAGUGACAUCAAACAUGCCGACUCUCCAGUUAAUUCUUAUUUAGUGUGUGUGACAUCACGGUAGAACGAUACAAACGCCACCGUGAGCGUAGUUUGUAGCAUUACAUUGAGCACAUCUCCUACUUGGGAGCGACACAACAGAAAGGAGGUACGAAAUGGGCAACUGCUUGAAGUCGCCCACCUCGGACGACAUCUCUCUGCUGCAAGAGUCCCAGUCGGACAGGGCGAGCUUCGGGGACGGGACCGAUCCAGACCUGGAGCCGCCUCCGCCCUACCAGGAGCAGGCGCACAUGCCCAUGUACCAUCCCACACGCAGCCAGGCCCGUCUGGCCACUCAACUGACGGAGGAGGAACAGAUCCGCAUCGCCCAGCGCAUUGGACUGAUCCAGCACCUGCCCAAGGGUGUGUAUGAUGGCGGCCAAGAUGGCUCAGAGAAGAAGAUCCGAGAGUGUGUGAUCUGCAUGCUGGAUUUUGUGUACGGCGACCCGGUGCGGUUCCUGCCAUGCAUGCACAUCUACCACAUGGACUGCAUAGACGACUGGCUCAUGAGAUCCUUCACCUGCCCAUCCUGCAUGGAACCCGUCGAUGCCGCCCUGCUCUCCACCUAUGAGACCAACUGACGCGCACGUCCUCCUCUCUCACCAUCAGCUCGCCUUACGCGCAACAGCAGCGGGUGGGGAUUAAAAACAACAACAAUCAGGUUGGCUGUCAUCUUGCACUUCAAGAAAAAUGAUUUUCAACCCCCCCCCCCCAACACACAUAUAUUUGGGCCUGAGGUGUUAGACACACACGCACACACACACUAUGAACCUUCGCUAAGUACAACGCUGUAGUAGAAGUGUGUGUGUGUGUGUGUGUGUGUGUGUGUGUGUGUGUGGCCACUUGAGCUGGACUCAGUGGUCACCUGACUAUUAAAUUAUUCACCCAAAAUCUUAGUGUGUCACGUGAACUCCCACCGUAUUAGCAAUUGCCUAAUUUCUCAGUCCAUUAACGCUAUACUUUAUCUAUUUAUUCAUUCUUAUUGGCUGGUGCGCGAAUGUGCGCGUCAUUCACAGGCAAGAGCCAGUGAAAAUGUCUAUAAUUGAAAUGAACUUAAUGUAACACUUUAAUUUGAAGCCCCCUGUCUUGCCUCACGCAUAUUCAGUACUCAAGAUUUCAUCAAAUAGUGGCCACCAAUAAGAUGCCCUUAUUCAGAAAAAAACAGGGAGUCCCUGCAAUGACAUUAGUCCCCUCACACACAGACAUUAGACGCACAUAGUCAAUUGCGUAUUUGGACUCCGUCGCUCACCAAACAAGAGCACCCACGAUGCACAUAAGCAGUCUUUCAUACGAAUUCAAGUGUCUUCAGUGUACCCCUAAGCGCCACAAUGUUGUGUCCACAUUUUCACUUGACACUUGCAAAUGGUAAUACGGUGACCACAGUGUAUGUUUAUUUGAUAGAUUUAGCUCUAUCACAUUAGGUUCAGACCAGGUCUUGCAUGCUUUUGUUCACCAUGAAACUACACGCUUGAUGCUUCGAGCGGAGAAGAGAACAGACUCUUUUGACAGUUGGAAAAGUAGUUUGAACAUCGCUCGUCAAUCUGGUGGUUGUGUUAUGAAACCCUUCUUGGUUGACACUGAAGCAGCUACAAUAAAAAUCAAUACACUCAUCGGAUUCGCCAACUUCCUCGUUCAUCAUUCUCCAUAGCCUGCUCCUUUUUUUGCUCAGCCCCGGCAGUUGUUGGAAGCUGGCUAUGUUGUUUACCUCUGUGUCCCAGAGACCGCAAUGACAUUGUCCCAUAUUGUGACAUUGGAAACGCACCGCCAGGAACGCUCAGCAGGCAUUUGGUCUGACUGCAGCAUUCAGCUCGUAGAACUACAUUUCCCAUGAUUGUUAGACACAGAAGCAGAAUGUAGUUCGAGUUCUGCGAUGAUGAAAACAUGUACGCCUCCUCGCUAUUAGAUGCGAAUGAGAACGUGGAUAUUAAAGUAAAUAGGAAGGAAUAUUAAUUAAAAACGACAAACUGAAAAGUCGAUAUCCAUACAUAUGGCGUAACGGAUUACAAGGUGCAUUGCCUUUUUUUUUCUGAGAAAAGUAAAAGACUGUAGGGGCGCCAUAUGGUCUGAAAAAUACGGUCACCUUAUUCAUGUCAGUUCCCACACAGACAUGAUAGGCUUAAAUGUGCAGUUGGACCUUGUUGCUUACCAAAAAAGCAGCACCUGUGCCUCAGAUGAAUUGGCCCCGGCCACUAUUUGCCGAAAUAUAAAGAAUAAAGCAGGGCAUGAAAAGUACACAGAAAAUACAGUCCAUCAAUAAACUGCUGAAUGAUGUCAAAUUAAAAAUAGGUGGUGCUUAAAUCAAAUUAUAUAUGUGAGUGUGUGUGCGCGUGUGUGCCCGUGUGUGUGGUUGCUGUGGGCGCGUGUGCAGCAGGAGGAGGUCAGCCAGUGUAAAGGGCUCAGGCGGAUCGCUACAUGCUUGCACACUUUUCAUCCAAACCACUGAUUUGCACUUUAGAACAAUAUGUUUAAAACAAAAAAAAAACUAAAACAAUAUCUUUUUAAUAUAUGUAGACCUUGCACUAUCAACACUUACUUUUUUCUCCCCUCAGUAGUGCACGGACAGAGGUUUCCUUGAGUCCACUUACUCGCCUGUUACAAUAUAUAAUCAUGACAUUCUUUUUUUGUUUUGGUUGCUGCAGGUUAGCGUGGCGGUAGCGUGACAUUUUCUUAACUAUUAUUUUUGUUGUAUUUAGGGUAGUGGAAAGGCAGGGCAAGAUGUCACUGCAAUCCUCUGUUCAAACCCAAAUUGUGCGAGUUAUGAAAAUAGCUUUUAAAUCACUUUUUUUUUCCUUUUCAGUGUUUUUACAACCAGUCUAAGGAUUGUUUCUUGUUAUCUUGUUUGUAUUUCUUAUGUUUGUGUUGGUUUGUUGGAACAAGGGCGAAACGGCCCUUGUGUGUAAAGGGGGAAAAAAAUACAAUAAAUAAGGAAAAAGCA